AUGUAAAAAUGUACACAAUUAAUACCAAUAAUUUAUAAUUAAAAAGAUUUUGUGGAUACUUCGUUGGUAUAAAAUACAGAAUUUGUUCUCCAUGAGUUGUAUGAGUUCUAUGAUAUUAAUUAUGCCUAGUAUUUACUUUUCUUAAAGAGAAAAAAUGAGCUUAUUGUUGAUAUAACAACAUUCAUUAAUAAAACAUAUUAAAUUGAGGCAACUCCAUUGACCUUUUUGGAUUCAUUUAAUCUAUUUUAUUAAAUUGAUCCUUCCAAUAAAUUUAUACAAUUCUAUAAAUUUUCGCAAAUUAGAAAAAUAAUAUAACCGAAAAAGCAAUACAUUUUUGAGUUAGAUGAGAAAUAAAUCUUUGGCAAUUACGAAAAUGUUUAAUGUAAAAGGCUAGAGUACAUAUCAUAACUCCAAACUUUGAUUCCUAUUUUUACUACUGAUCUCAUAUUUAAUUGUGAAAUGAAAUUAAACUAUAAAUUCAACAUAUAUCCAGGAACACCCUUUGAAUUAUUUAGCUUUGAUAUAAUAAAAUACAGAACAAAUUAAUUAAGCCUAAGUAUCAAAAGAUUAACAAUUAAUAAAAAUUCUUGUUCGAUAAAGAAUCUGUAAUAUACAUCCUAUUACAAAAUUUAUGAUUUUUCAAGUAUAGAGUAGGAGAAUUUCAUUUAUGAAAUAGAUAACAAUUUCUUUGUUUAUAAUUGUUUAAGAAAAAGAGUUUUAAUAUAAAUUUUUCUACAUUCUGCUUAAGUAUAUGACUAUUUAAGUAACUUUUUUAUUUAUGAUCAGAAUACUAAUAUUGGAAGGCUCUUGUAUUGCAGAACUUAGAAUAUUUAAUAACAUAAUAUAAAGUUUGAUCAUAAGAUUUUUCAAAUUAAACAAUUUCAAAAUUAUUUGCUUGUUUACACAGAUGUAAAUAAUUUCAUUUACAUAAUAAAUUUACUUCAUGCCUAUCAAAGUUUUAAUCUAGGAAACGUAAAUAAUUUAUAAUAUUCACCAUUAAAUUCCUUCUCUAACACCUAAAUUUUAUUUUACACAUAAUGUUAAUACAUUCAAAUUAUCUAAUAUCCUGGCAUAAUUUAUUUUGAAAGGGAUAAUAAAACAAAGUGUUAUCAAUUUCCUGCAUUCCAAAUAAUUUCCCUUAAAUCUAUAGUAAAUUCGCUAUAUUCUAUUAUUGCGAUACAAAUUGAAACAAACUCAAUUUUAGGAUACAUUUUUGAUGAAGGUGAAGUACUACUUAAACUUAAUUGGACGAAUCCAGAAUUUAACCUAAUAAAACCAUUGCAAUACAAAGAAAACGAAAAUUACUUUUGUAUUUAAGCUGAAAAAAAUCAAUCUAUUCAUGUUUUGAUAUUCUCAUAUAUGAAUGAAGAAUAUUUUUUUUUGGAAAUUAUAUAAACUGAUACUCCCUUUAUUUUUCUAUAAGAGAAUUUUUUAGUAUUUUACAAACCCAAAUAAGGAUUUAGCUUAAGAAAUUUAAAUGAAUAUGAUUUUGAAAUUUAAAUUGAAGAAAUUAUGAUGAAUAAAUUAGUUUUAAAAGAUCAAAUAACAGCUACAAUUCAAUCUGAUAACUAAAAUAAGAAAUAUAAUUUUGAUUUAAAGAUAUAUAUCAUAAAUGAAUGCAGACAUUUGCAUGCACUUUUUAACUCAACUGAAAUCUAUCAUAAGGCCCCUUCCAACUUCUAAUUCAAAGUAUCUAAUUAUUUUUAUGGUCCCAUAGACAAAUUAAGCUAUAAAAUUAAUUCAAAUCCAAUAAUUAAUAUAAGCCCUAUUAAUUCAAUAUUAUCAAUCCAAUAAUGUAAUGAUUUAAAAAAAAUUGCGUGUAGUUGGCUUUUCAAAAUUCUAAAUUUAGAAUCAAAUGUAGAAGUAAUGUUUUCAAUCAUAUUAUUGGAUAAUAAUAGUUUAAUGUGUAUUUUUCCGAUACUUUAUAAUUAAAUAGCAAUAAUUUGGCUGGUGGAUUAAUCACUAUAUGGUUUUGAGUAUUAAUUAGGAGAGGAAGACACCUUUUUGAUAAGAGUAAAUAACAUUUAAAGAAAAUUUGAGGUAGAAUAGGUGGAUGAAUUAAAAUAUAUAAAAAGAGAAGGAAAUUUGAGUCUAAUAAAUUGUUAAAUUGCUGAUGUUUACUUUUAUGUUGAAAAUGGUUAAUUUGGUUAAAUUACAGGUUUGGAUAAUGUUAUUGACUUCAUUUUUAUAGAAAAUACGGAAGAACAUUAUCUAUUGCUUCAUUAAAUCAAAUCAACUUUUAAUUUUAUUAUUUCGAUUCGUAUAUUUAGAUUUAAAGAAUAAUCAAUUAUUUCCUAAGUAAAUGUCACAUUACCACUCUUAGAAGAAGUGAAAAAAGUACUUGAUAAUGAAU